CAUUGUAGAUAAUAGCAGUUAUAGAUUGGGCCUCAUGUAAGAUUAACUAGAGAUUAAGAGUCAGAAUAGUUGGUCUAUGUGGGAGAUUAAGAGUCAGAUUAGUUGGUCUAUGUGGGAGAUUACCAGUCAGAAUAGUUGGUCUAUGUGGGAGAUUACCAGUCAGAAUAGUUGGUCUAUGUGGGAGAUUACCAGUCAGAUUAGUUGGUCUAUGUGGGAGAUUAAGAGUCAGAUUAGUUGGUCUAUGUGGGAGAUUAAGAGUCAGAUUAGUUGGUCUAUGUGGGAGAUUACCAGUCAGAUUAGUUGGUCUAUGUGGGAGAUUACCAGUCAGAUUAGUUGGUCUAUGUGGGAGAUUACCAGUCAGAAUAGUUGGUCUAUGCGGGAGAUUAAGAGUCAGAUUAGUUGGUCUAUGUGGGAGAUUAAGAGUCAGAUUAGUUGGUCUAUGUGGGAGAUUAAGAGUCAGAUUAGUUGGUCUAUGUGGGAGAUUAAGAGUCAGAUUAGUUGGUCUAUGUGGGAGAUUACCAGUCAGAAUAGUUGGUCUAUGUGGGAUAUUACCAGUCAGAAUAGUUGGUCUAUGCGGGAGAUUACCAGUCAGAUUAGUUGGUCUAUGUGGGAGAUUAAGAGUCAGAUUAGUUGGUCUAUGUGGGAGAUUACCAGUCAGAAUAGUUGGUCUAUGUGGGAGAUUACCAGUCAGAAUAGUUGGUCUAUGUGGGAGAUUACCAGUCAGAAUAGUUGGUCUAUGUGGGAGAUUACCAGUCAGAAUAGUUGGUCUAUGUGGGAGAUUACCAGUCAGAAUAGUUGGUCUAUGUGGGAGAUUACCAGUCAGAUUAGUUGGUCUAUGUGGGAGAUUACCAGUCAGAUUAGUUGGUCUAUGUGGGAGAUUACCAGUCAGAAUAGUUGGUCUAUGUGGGAGAUUACCAGUCAGAUUAGUUGGUCUAUGUGGGAGAUUACCAGUCAGAUUAGUUGGUCUAUGUGGGAUAUUACCAGUCAGAAUAGUUGGUCUAUGUGGGAGAUUACCAGUCAGAAUAGUUGGUCUAUGUGGGAGAUUACCAGUCAGAAUAGUUGGUCUAUGUGGGAGAUUACCAGUCAGAUUAGUUGGUCUAUGUGGGAGAUUACCAGUCAGAUUAGUUGGUCUAUGUGGGAGAUUACCAGUCAGAUUAGUUGGUCUAUGUGGGGAGAUUACCAGUCAGAAUAGUUGGUCUAU